AUGCCCUCUUCACAUCUCAAGGCUGUAAUCUUUGAUAUUGGCGGCGUGGUGGUUCGUAGUCCUUUAUUGGCCAUCUCUGCCUUCGAAGAAGAGAGGGGGCUUCCACGAAACUACAUCAAUUGUGCAAUAGCGGGCAGAGCCGAGCAUGGUGCCUGGCAGCGCUUUGAACGCGGUGAACUUGCCCUCUUCCCCUUCUAUGAUGCGUUUAGUCGAGAGCUAUCUGAUACACGCAUGUGCAACGUGUGGUAUACUGAGUAUUGCAAAGCUCGAAAUAUAGUGUGUCCAAAAUUACCAGAGAACGUUCAGAUAGACGGCAGAGACUUAUUUGGAUGGAUGAUGCGUGAAAGUACUGUCUGUGACGAGAAUAUGGUCGAAGCCAUUCGCCGCAUCAGGGCCGUUAAUAGAUGGCGGGUGAUAGCUCUCACGAACAACUAUUCUAAGGCGGAAGAGACUAUGUUACGUCCCGACGCUGCCUCCAUGCCUUCGCGGGAAGACGAUCCUGGCUUCAAUGUCGAUAACGAGCGGGCCUUUCUCGGAUGGACUGAAGGCGCAACAUCUUCAAAGCUAAGAGAACUGUUCGAUGAUUUCUGUGAUUCAAGCAGCUUAGGAAUGCGCAAACCCGAACCGGAGUUCUAUCUUCUAGCUUGCAGACGCAAUGGUGUGCAGCCGACCGAAUGUGUUUUCCUCGAUGACCUCGGAAUAAACCUCAAAGUGGCACGACAGCUCGGCAUGAAAACCAUUCGCGUCCCUAUCGGCGGUAGUCUCAUGGCACUUAGGGAGCUGGAAUUGGAGCUAGGGAUUGAUUUGACGGGUCCGAGGAUCGUGAAUAGACUCUGA